AAAAGGACUAAGAUGGCCCAGAGAUUGACCUACCGCCGCCGUUUGGCCUACAACACCAAGUCCAACAAGGUCCGCAUCAGCAAGACCCCUGGUGGCAACCUCCGUUACCUUCACAUCAAGAAGGCCGGUAAGAUCCCCAACUGUGGUGACUGCGGUAUCAAGCUCGCUGGUAUCCCCGCCCUCCGUCCCCGUGAGUUCUCCCAGGUCUCCCGCCGUGUCAAGACCGUCCAGCGUGCCUACGGUGGUUCCCGCUGCGCCAACUGCGUCAAGGACCGUGUCGUCCGUGCUUUCUUGGUUGAGGAGGCCAAGAUCGUCAAGAAGGUUCGUUCAGUCUGA